AUGACGGAAUGUAAUAACAAUAAUAAGGUUUUGAAUGAAGACCGGUCUAAGAGAAGAAAAAAGAAAAAGUCGAAAAAUAAUCUAAGGGAGUUUUUUCCAACUCAUGAAAUAAGUAAAGUAAAUAAUACAAAAGCAAAAACGGUUAAUAAUAACCUAAAUUUUACUCAUCAAACGGCCAUGAAUGAUAAAUUGGUUAAUAACAAUAAGAAACCGAAAGAGAAAAAAGAAUCAAACUCCAAACUCAUGGGUAAUGUUCAAAAUAAAACAAAUUAG